CAAUCUUAACCCAUUUCUUCUUCUUCUCUAAAUGCUCUCUCAUCUCCACUCCUCUACAAAACCGAUCUUAACCCAUUUCUUCUUCUUCUCUUUUCUCAAGAGAACUUGAGAAAUUGAACCCAGUUUCUUCUUCUUCUUCUCUUUUAUUAAGAGAACUUGAGAAAUUGAACCCAAUUACUGGGUUUCAUUCAAGCCUCAAACUUAGUAAAUCUUAUCAAAUCAAAUUAACCCUUCAAUAAAUAAUAUCAAUCAAACUCCAACAAAAAUACAAUCAAAUUAUAAAUCAACUCUCAAAUUUAUUAACAACUGGAAAUGAAAAUCCAAAGAAGAAUGAAAAACAUGAAUUCAGCAUCGAAACAGCAAAGCUGGGUUCAUCGGAACCCAGCUGGGUCUCGUCGAACCCAGCAGCUGGGUUCGGGUAAACCCAGCAAGGCUAGGUUAGACGAGACCCAGCAGGGUUCGUCGGAACCCAGGUUGGGUUCGGGGAAACCCAGCCAAGCUAGCCCGUUGGGUCUCAUUGGAACCCAGCAAGGGAGACCCAGCCAGGCUGGGUUCGACGAGACCCAGCCUUGCUGGGUUCGAUGGAACCCAGCCAGAUCUGGGUUUCGUCAAACCCAGAUUUGGCUAGGUCUCCCCGAAGCCAGCAAGGCUAGGUCUCCCCAAACCCAGCAAGGCUGGGUUCCGACGAGACCCAGCAGGUUGGGUUCCGACGAGAUCCAGCAGGCUGGGUUCGUCGCAGCCAUAGAGACCCAGGGCAGGAAAGAAAGAAAGAAAAAGAAAGAAGGAGAAGAAGAAGGAUUGGGUGGGUGAGGGUAGUUAGCACUUCAAUUUUGAAUAAUCCAUCACUCCUUUGUUUGCUGAAUUGUGUUCAUCCUUAAGAAAAUGGGAAGCUUAAUAUGGUUUUCCCAAAUCCUCUGCCUGUCCUUCAUUUUGUUACGGUUUCGAGUCCAAAGCUCCUCACCUUCUCAAUCUUCUCUUAAUUCACCGCCACAUUUGUGCCAUCCUGAAGAGCAUUCUGCAUUGCUUGAUUUCAAAAGCACUACUAAUAUGGUGGAAGACUGUUUUGGUGUUACUCCUCGUCCUAUAAUACAAACUUGGAACGAGAGAAAAGACUGCUGCUUGUGGGAGGGCAUCACAUGCGACAAGGUGAAAGGUCACGUGAUUGGCCUU